AUGAGUUCAAUGGGGUGGUCUUUUCAGGCAUAUUUGAUGAACCUCAUCCUCAUCCUCAUCCUCAUACCAGUUAUCAUCAUCCCUCUUGUGCUUGGUUGCUACAAUUCAAUCAUCGCCUUUGGAGAUUCACUUACUGAUACAGGCAACUUAUACAACAGCUACCCUAACAAAUCUCUCAACUUCUUCCACCCGCCAUAUGGAGAGACCUACUUUCAUCAUCCCACAGGACGAUGCUCGGAUGGUCGUCUAGUCAUAGACUUCAUUGCUGAGUUUCUGGGACUUCCACUGGUACCACCUUAUCUUGAAAGCCAGGACAGUAAUCAAAGUGUCCAGAACUUUGAAGCGGGUGUGAAUUUUGCAGUAGUAGGAGCCACGGCGUUAGAUGCUGCCUUUCUUGCAGAAAUGGGGGAUUCUACUUCAUUUACCAACAACUCUCUAAGCAUUCAACUGGAGUGGUUCAAACAAAUGCUGCCAUCUCUAUGCAACACAUCUUCAGGCAACCUUCCAAUUGGUUGCGUUCCUGCUUAUCUAACAGAAUAUGAGAGUUCAGAUAAGGACCAAUAUGACCCUUCAACUGGUUGUCUAAACUGGUUAAACAAGUUUUCUGGGUAUCACAAUGAUCAGCUUCAGAUAGCACUAAGUCGGAUUCGAAGGCUUCAUCCUCAGGUCACUAUCAUUUAUGCAGAUUAUUACAAUGCCAUGCUGCAAUUAUAUCAGUCUCCGGACCAAUUUGGAUUUACUGGGGAGACUAGCAAAGCAUGCUGUGGAGGAGGAGGGCCAUACAACUACAACUCAUCCGCACUAUGCGGAGAUGCAGGGGCAAGUGUUUGUGAGAACCCUGCGCAGUUUAUCAGCUGGGAUGGCCUGCACUCCACUGAAGCAGCAUACAGGUGGAUAACCAAGGCUAUAUUACAAGGAAAUUACACCGUUCCACGCGUUUCCACUUUGUGUGAUUCACCAGUGUGA